AACUGUAGCCUACUAGAAAUCUACUUAUUUUCAAUUUUGCCGAUUCACGUUAAAAAUAUGACUGCCUGGGGAACCUUCCGGAAGGAAUUACUGAGGCCAAACAUAUCAUCUUAGAGCGUUGUUUUCAUUGUUUGUUUUCGAUCUAGAUCUAUCAUUUGUAGACUACUUUCAAGAUCUAGAUUUUCAUGUCAUCGAGACCUCAUUGUUUUACUUUUAUUUUGUACAAGAACAAUAAUAACUUAAUUUAAUUAUUAUAGUCUUAAUUUGCUUUGGGACGGCUACUGUACCGAGUGUAAAUACUCGUUUUAUGGACUGCCUGGGAGUCGACCGAUUUUGGAUUUCAUAACAAAGACACAAAGAAAAAAACUAGAUCUAGACAUCUAUAUUUAGAUCUAGAAUCUAGUCUAAUAUAGACUACUUAAAAGUACUAGAGUGUAACUAGAGAAAUUAUAAACAAAGAUCAAAGACAGAUUUACUGAGAUUUCAAAUUCAAAGAUAUCAAAAGUCUUCUGCCUUGUGAUUUUAGUCUCCUGUAUUUGUAUACACUAUAGUCACUAUACAGUAACAGUAUAAUCGGAGUGUACUGUAACUACCCAUUCUACAGUCUAGAUCCAGAUCAAUAGUAUUAAUAGUAAUAAAUAUAGACUAGUGUGUACUAUAAACUAGACUGUAUAAAUAUCUAUCUAGAUUUAUACUACUACUAGUUACUAGUCUUACUAGUUACUAGUACAGUUUAGUCUUUUAUUAAUGAGUGUGGUGAUAUGUAGACUAAAUCUAGAAUGACCUUUAAAAGAAAAAAGCUUUACAAAAAACAAUGACUGAGAGGACCCAGAAAAAACAAGAUCUAAAUUGUUUCAAGCAUCAGAAUCAGUUAUUCUUUAUCUAAGGAAUAAUUUUAAAAUUCUAACCUUCUUGAAGGCAACCUAAGCGAAUCUCAAAGAAAUGAUAAAAGAAUAUUUUACUGAUGGCCUCAUAGGGCUAGCAAUACUUCUCAGUAUAUUUCGAACAGAUCUGGUUGGAAUUAAUAAUCUAAUUAACUAUCCAGAAGUUCAAGAGAUCAUUCUAGGACAGACAGUGGCAUAUUUGCCUGCAAGCUAUAAUCACAUCAUCAACUCACAUCAUCCUUUUGAAAGCUCAAAGCAUUUAGAGCUCAGCAAUGAGGCAUUUUCUGCAUGGCAUCUAAAUAUAAACAAUUUGCCCUUCCUUAGAGAAAGGCACAGGACUGAAAUAGAAGCCUUUCUAGUCAGUGGAACUCAGCAGAAUGUAGAGUUGGAAAAUUUUACUGGCACACCCACUACCUUGAAUGUAGAGCAUGAAGAUAAUCAAAUUGUGGAUUUAUCUGGUCAAAAUCUACCAGAAGAAAGUGCUAGUUCAUAUUCUGAGGCCACUAUUUCAAAUGAUAAUGUCCCCGAAAGCUCAGAGGAUACUCUUCAAACAGCCAUUGCAGAUACAUCAAUUGUAAAUAAUCCAUUUCCUGGUUGUAAUUUAACUAAAGAGGAUUUGGAUUUAAUAGAUGUACUCUGGCAACAAGAUGUUGAUCUUGGUGUUGGUAAAGAGGUGUUUGACUUAUUUCUGAGGCAGGAAAUUGAAACUAAAAAGGAGCAAGAAUUACUCAAGCAUCAAGAAUGGGAAAAGUCCCAGUUGCAAUUGAGAGAGAAGCAAGAGAAAGAAAGACAAGAAGAGGCUGAAAAAUGGUUGAAAGAAAAUUUCAGGAGAGAUGGUGAAACUGGUGAGUGGAUUCGUAAUUCAAAUGGACCAUCAAGUUCUUUGGAUUAUUUUGAAACUGAUGAUUCAUUUACCCUUGAGGCUGCUCUUGACUAUCUCUCAACAAACAUUGACCAUGCUCUCAUUAAAAACUUGGAUAUUUCGCCUGGCAUUAUUCCAAGUUACUCGAGUGAUCAGUUGACUGACAACUGUCUAAUCGGUACUCCAGAAGGUCAGGGUUUUCAACAAUCACAACAGCUUCUGUCCCACCAAGACAGUCUUGAGGAAAGCUUAAAUGGUCUUCUGGAUUUUCUAAGCAAUGAGCCUGUUGAGGAUAACUCUGCUUCAUUGGAUCAGUUUGGCAUAGACUUGAACACUGGUAAUAUAACAUCAGACAUGAAGCUAGACCAAGAUUUGGAUGCACAGACUGAUUACCUUAUUCAGAAUGUUACUAUGCAAUCUCAAGAAAUUCAGCCUGUGGCCAAUGAGAUGAAUGCAACAUUUCCUUUCCUGUCAACAAACAGUAGUGACCAAAUGAAUUUUGACUUGGACAGCCUCAGUUUCCUUAACAGUUUGGCUACAAUGCAGAAUGGUGGACUGGAUGACGGUGAACUGUUUGAAAAUAUUCCAGUAGACUCAAAUGAAACCUUACUGAAUGCUAAUAUACCUUUGAAUGAAAGUAUGGAUACUUUUACAGUUCUACAUGAUAAUUUUAGUCAGUCACUUGGAGCAAUGGCAAGCCCUUCAUCUUAUGAUGGACUGUGUGAUUCUUUAGAUGGUCUUGAAGGAGCCAUAGGAGGCUCAGACCUUAGUGCGAGUAGCCAAAACAACAUUACAAGACCCUACUCUAAAGUCAACAGACUUUCUGAAUCUUCCAAUGACUCUGGCUAUCCCUUCCAGAGUGGAUUUUCAUCAUCAUCACCUGCAUCAUCCAGCGCUAGCAGUCCUGCAGGUUGCCACUAUAGCAACAUUUCUACUUCAGGCAACGACACUGAACAGGAUCCCCAAAACACUCAGACAGUGGCUCGCCAUGCUGUAGCUCAUAACCACACUUACAAUACUCCACCUGGACAAGUGCCUAGAGAGGUAAAAAAAUAUGCUCCAAAAGAGCCUUCUAGAAAAGGACCUCAUAGCCGUGACCAAAGACGCUUGGAGGAAUUCAAAAUACCAUAUACAAUCGAUGACAUAAUUGAAUCCCCAGUAGAGACAUUUAAUGAAAUGUUAAAAAGUCAUAAGCUUAGUGAGGCACAGUUAUCUCUUAUCAGAGAUAUUCGACGCAGAGGAAAAAAUAAAAUAGCUGCUCAGAACUGCAGGAAACGAAAAGUGAAUGUCAUUGUAAAUUUGUCUGAUGAGAUGGUGGACUUGGAGAAAGCUAGAGACAAACUACUCAAAGAGAGAGCAGAGAUUGAGAAAGAAACUCUCAAGAUGAAAGAAAAGUUUGGGCACUUGUAUACCCAUAUAUUCCAGUCACUGAGAGACGAACAUGGACAACCUUAUGACCCCAACCUCUACUCCUUGCAGCAGACCAGUGACGGAGAUGUGUUGUUAGUCCCACAGAGCAUGAAUAGAAACAAGUACAGCAACUCGUCUUCAGCUUCAUCAUCUCCAACAUCUUCUAAAGAUUCUGUCAAUUCAAAGAAACGCAAAUCCUUUGAUGAGUAAAUCCAUGCAUCACAAUCCAUUCUGUGGCCCCUUGAUUACACUUUUAGUUUUCAUAAAUUUAUGAUUGUGUUGCAUAAUAAAGAAAAUUUAAAAAAAAAAGGCUUUUCAGUAGUGUGGUAGUGUAAUGACAAUUACAUAUUUUUAUUUGUAAGUUUAACACAAAUUGUAGACUUUGAUCACACAUUAUUUUUCAGUUUUGUAAAAUAGAUAUUGUGUCCUUGAAUUAUUUUAUUUAACUGCCCUGCCACAACACUUGAUUUCUUAAGUUGAUUUAAUCUUAAACCUUUUUUAUUUUGGAAACAUUCAUCCGUAGAAGUAAAUGAAUACUUGAUGUAUUUAUAGUGAUGUUGGUAUGUGUGUAGUUUUCUUCUUUAGAAGAGCAUUUAUACCAGGCAGCAUGGCAGCCUUUUUUUUUAAAAAUCAUCCAUUUUAAACCAUUGUUUUUUAUUACAUAGCUAUUGAAUUGUGUGUUGUUUUUUUUUUAGUACCAGUACUAAUCAUGGCUAAGCACAUGAAAGAUUUUUUUUUUUUGGCCAUCAGAAUGGUGUUUGAUCUCUUCAUGCUUACCAUGUUUUAUUCAAAUGUUUUUAAUAUUCAUUUUAAGUUAUAAGGUGUUUGAUAUAUUCAUGUUUUUUUUUUUUUUUUUGUUAUGUUUUAAAAACUAAAUUUGCCUUAAAUUGUGUAUUAUCUCUCCAGAAAAUUUUAAGCAAUAACUGUACAUUUCAACAAAUAGGAAUUGUUAGGAACUUAAAGAAAAAAAAAAGUUAUUCUGUAAUAUUUAGUUUAUUUUGACAAAAUAUUCUUCAAUCAUUUGGUCUCCUCUGUGUUAGGUAGCCUAUUGUCUGUGUGAAGACUAAAUAUAAAUUGUAAAUAUAUAAAUAUAUGUAAAUGUGAUGAUCAUUAUAUUCAUGCUGUCUGUUAUUAGUAGUUUUUUUUUUUUCGUUACAUUCAAAGACUUUUUUUUAAGCUGAAAUUUUUCUAUAACUGACAGAAGAGAUGGGGGGAAAAUGUUUACACUAACAUUUAAAUUUAAUUUUCUAUUGAAUUUUGUCCCCAGCCCCUGGAAAGACAACUCUAUGGAGGGGUGGCUGAUCAGGUAACAAUUGUGCAUUUCAAGACUGGUUAUCUGAGGACUUUAAUAUUGAUAAUGAAAAUCAAGUCCUUGGUGUAAUUUAUUUGUAUUUAUUUAUGCUUAAAUUUUUUUAUGCCCACAUUAUUCAUUGUGAUUUAUACACUUUUCAUUCCAGAACUAUUACCACAGAAACUUGUUUGUUGAUACAGUGGGUGUCUUUGAUUUAUAAGUGCACAUUUGGCCACGUAAAGAAAAAAAAAUACAUUUAGUGAUAAUAGGUGUUGAAUGUAUUUCCACUAUGGUCUGGACAGGGCUUUGUUUUUCCUUGACUGUGUAAAUGUUUCUUAUUCUGACAAUAUGUUUUCACAUCAUAUAUUAUUAUAUAAAAAUUAUUUAUAUACUAUUUGGCUUUUUUUGUUUUAAUAUCAUUGUAAUGAUAUGCCUAUUGGAAACAUUGUAUAUAAAUAAAUAAACUUGUUGAUUAUCUGG